CAAAAAAAUCAAUCUUUCUUACCCAAACCCAAUCCUAUCCACAACAAUGUUAAAACUAGGAGAAGAAGAACAACAAAUAUAAGCCUAGGCAUGAGACCAUCCCUUCAAGUUCCUGACAUGAGAAACACUAAUGACAACUUAGGCCAUGAAUGGAUGGAUUACCAAGGGAUUAGCAACUGGGAAGGCCUCCUCGAUCCUCUCGACGACACGCUUAGGGAAGAGAUCAUGCGGUACGGGAACUUCGUCGACGCCGCGUACAAGUCCUACGACUUCGACCCGUCGUCCCCGACGUACGCCCGUUGCCAGCACUCAAAGAGCAAGCUCCUCGCGCGGGCGACCGGAUACCAGGUCACGAGGCACCUCAGGGCCACGAGCGGCAUCCGGGCGCCCGACUGGAUGGAGCGGGCCCCUGGGUGGAUGUCCACCCAGUCGAGCUGGAUCGGGUACGUGGCGGUGUGCCACGACAAGGACGAGAUCGCGCGCCUCGGCCGGAGGGAUGUGGUCGUCGCCCUGCGUGGGACCGCCACUUGCUUUGAAUGGAUGGAGAAUCUAAGAGCAACACUCACUCCAUUACACCCACAAGACAAUAAUUACAAUAAUGAUUGGGGGCCAGCCAUGGUGGAGAGUGGGUUCCUGAGUUUGUACACUUCUUCCACCGGCAAUUCCCAGAGCCUACAAGCCUCAAUACGUGAAGAGAUUUCAAGAAUCCUUAAACUCUACGGCGGCGAGCCGCUGAGCAUCACCAUCUCCGGCCACUCUCUGGGCGCCGCCCUCGCCAUCCUCGCCGCCUACGACAUAAAACAAACGUUCCAAGACUCGUCGCCGCUCGUGACGGUCAUGUCCUUCGGCGGGCCCCGCGUCGGGAACCCGAGCUUCCGGUGGCAUUUGGAGAAGCAGGGGACGAAAGUGCUGAGGAUAGUGAACUCCGACGACCCGAUAACGAAGGUCCCCGGGUUCGUCAUCGACGACGUGCGGAUCGAGAGCCGCCGGAGGAACUGGCUCCGGAAGCUGGUGGAGGACACGCGGUGGGUGUACGCCGACGUGGGGUGCGAGCUGCGGCUGAGCAGCCGCGGCGGGAUAAGCAUCGCGGCAUGCCACGACCUGAACACGUAUCUGGACCUCAUCGGCGGCUUCGUCAGCUCCAACUGCCCGAUCAGAGCCACCGCCAAGAAAAUCAUCGCCGGCGGUCAGGCGGCGAGAGGAAUGGGCCGGACAGCUGUCGCGGCGUGAGGUGGCGGGGCCCACGGGAAGGAGAAAGUGACGUCUUGUACGGACGUUGCCGAACAUUCUGCAAAGUGAGUAGGUACUCUCUAUACGGACAUAAAUUUUGGAGUAAUAU